CAGAGACAUUGUUGACCGUUCAGGACAUCCAAGGUUGUGCGAUAUCAGAUGAAGAUGUUUGGUCACCUACUUAAUGACAUGGAUCCUUGAAUCUGAAUAUUUUUCCAACUUCCAUCUUCAACUUUUCUCUUGCAUCUCACUCUCUCUUACGCUCCAACGUCCAUUCGUUUAUUAAAACACCACACUCGCUUUAAUUCAGUCAAGAUGCGUUUCUCCACCAUUCUGUCUCUCCUGCCUCUGGCCCUCUCCGUUGCGGCUAUCAAUGUCACUGAGCCCGCCAAGGGUGACGAGCUCGAUGUCUCCGGCUCUUUCACCGUGAAGUGGUCGUCCGUUAACACCGACGCCUCCACCGUUGACAUCGUCCUUGUCAACAACAACGUCUACCCUCCCGUUUCGGAGAAGAUUGCCUCCGGCAUCGACACCUCCAAGGGCAGCUACACUGCCUCUGGUCUGAAGGAUGUCACCAAUGGUUCCGGUUUCCAGAUCAACCUUCUCUCCACCGAGGCCAAGAACACCGGCAUCCUCGCGCAGUCCGAGAAGUUCGAUGUGACCGAGUCCGCCAAGAGCUCCUCCAGCGCUACUACUACCGGUACAUCUUCCACUGCCUCUUCUUCUGCCUCUACCUCUGUUGUCUCCACUGGUACCACUUCCACUGCUUCUACCUCUACUGGUGCCCACACCACUGAGACCGAGGCUUCCACUACCGGUACUUCUACCCCGGACGUGUCUAUCAUCAAACCCUCCCUCACCGGAAACUUUACCUCUGGCUCCCUUACUACUGGACUCCCCACCCAUGGCAAAAACAGUACUGAUAUCUUUUCCCGUACAGCUACCGGUUCUACCUCCACUGGAACUUCCACUGGCACCAAGACCUCCACCCACACUGGUCUGACUACCAGCGCUUCCUCCACCGGCUCCGCUACCGGCACUGCUUCUGGCUCUGCCUCCGCCACUCCCUCCACCGGUGCUGCUAUGGGUCUCGUUGCCCCCGGUGCCGCUGCUGGUCUUCUGGCUGGUGUCCUCGCUCUCCUGUAA